CACGUCGCGACGGCCCGCCGGCGCUCGGCGCCGCCAUCCUCGCUGACCUCAAGGAGCUCGCCGCGACCACGGACGAGACGUGUGGGGUGCUGCUCAUCGUGCUCGCGUACGUGACGCGCUACGGCCAAGACCUCGCAGAAAGCACGCCGGCCCAGCUCGUCGCCUUGGCCGCUGACGUGCAGCAGUUUGCCGACAAAGACAGUACGCCGGCCACCCGCGAUGCGGCGCUCGACGUGCUCACGGCGAUCGUCUCGCGGACGAGAUGCUUUGACCCCGCGCUCUUGGCGACGAUCGCGACCGACCGCGCCGCCUCGGACGCCGAGCGCCGCUUUGUUGCGGUGUGCGUGCUUGUCGCGCCGACGAUCCAGACUGUCGAUGAGGCGCAACGUGUGCUUGCGUCUGCGCUCUCGAGUGGUUUGGAUGCGGCGCCCACGUCUUUGAUUCUUCUGGCGCUUACAUUGGCCGACUUGGCGCCGUACAGCGGGCCCAACCUUCAACAUGUGGCCACUGCCGCGCUGGGCCACGUCCUUACUUGCGAUCUGCAGCUCGCGUUGGGUCUCUGCAUGGUCGUGCUCGGCGGCGCAGGCGGCCCAUUCCAGGUCUGGCAAUUGGUGGCUUCGCGCCACGAGCGCCACUUCCACGCCGACGCUCUCGACGUCGGAGCGCGCAGCUCUCUGUCGCAAUCAUGGGCAGCGAUUACCGACGCAGUGCCUAUGGCCUCUAGUCCGACCAUCGAGGCGCUCGUCGGAGGCAUCCCAGACGCCGCCGCGCCAACGACGCCCAGCGUGUGGUUCACGCCUGCACUCCAAGGUUUCGUCGAUGUCGCAGCCGUGCGUGCGAUCAGUGACACGAUGGCGAUCUAUGUCUCGGUCCACCAGUUGCUCGAGCAAGGCAUGCGCAUGUGCGAGAUCGCUGCAAUGUGCAGUGCCUCCGUGCCCGCGCUCCGCAAGCGCAUGGUGGACGGCUUCUUGACGCCUCUCGUGCAACGCAUGUCCGUAAGCGUGCCGGUCAAUGUCGUCCAGGAUUUGUACGACGUGCUGCACAUGCUGCGCCCAUGGGACGCCGCGACCUGCGCUUAUACGAGCAUCGACGACGUCGACCUCUUUGGACCACUCCAGACCGAAUUGCGUCGCAUGAUGGGCGAAACGCGCGCCAACGCCGACGUGUGCUUCUGGGCGUGCAAGGCCUAUUUGCUUGUCGCUGCCGACGACGCGCGCUCGUUGGCCCCUGUCGUGGACGCUCUUCCAAGCACCACGGCGCUCGAGUUUGUGCCACUUUUGUGCAGCUCCGCGCGCGCCAGCACGGCGCUGACCAUUGUCGAGCAGGCAUGGAGCAGCGCGUUACACCAUCGGUGGUCGCUCGACCCGUCCGCCCGUGCGCUCGCUAUGCUCGGCCGCGCGUGCGGUACCGAAAAGCAGCAUCGUAGCCGCGUCGGCAAGCUGCUUGAUACGAGUAUGGAGAACGCAUCGGCGUCGAUCGAGAUUUUGUACGCCGUCGCCGCUUGGUUUCCCGUCUGCGACUUCACACAGUCGACGCUCGAAGCCGCCUACCGAAAUGUUUACAUGCCGGUGGCUCACAAAGCCACGUUUGUACUGGCGCUCUCGACGGCGGUCGAGAUCAGCGGUGGCCUUUGCUGGCUGGAUACGCUGACGACACACGUCGUCAUGUCGGAGGUGUGCAAGCUUGCGUGCGUCCUCGCCGCGUCGCGCCGGCCGUGGCUGCCUGUCGUCGUUGCCUUUUUUGCGCGACACAGCGAGGACGAGGUCGUGGCCACCAACGUCCGUGCACACAUGGCAGCGCUCGCCAAGGUGGACGACUUCAAGUCGGCCACGGCCAUGGCCCUCCACUUGCUCUGGCCGAUUUUGUGGCGGUACGCGGAGCUCACGGAGGAGCUCCCGUACGACGCAACCCUCUGUCGUCGUCUCGCCGCGUUCCCUGCGCAGAUUUUGGGCUUCUCGUCCACGGACGACCCGGCCUUUGCCGCAAUCUUCCGUCCAUUUGUGGCGUUCUUGGCCCACGCCGACGUCCUUGACCCAAACGACGUCAAGGUCCUCCACGAGCUACAGUGCGACGACAACGAGACAGGGCAGAUCCUCGCGGCGCUCGUGCGCCAGAGCAAGGUACCCACGGACGCGUCGAUGGCGGCUACUUGUGUGGCUCUUGAAGGCGGCUUUGGCCUUCUCCGGGUGCUCCCUUAUCUCGGGCCGUCGCUCAGUUACCUUGUCCAGCCGCAGCAGAGCGCCACGUUCUGCGCCGCCACCGCCAUGACGGUGAGCAACAUCCUAUUGGCCGCGCGCGACCCCGCAACGAUCACGGCUGCAGUCAAUUUGCUGCGUUUUAUCUUUUUUCGCGGCUGGCGCGUCGCCGCGGAUGACAGCGGCGCGCAGUGGGUGUUGCUGCGGUGCUGCCUGCGCCACAUUGUCGCGCACCCGGAUCUCGCGGCGAACUUGUCGACGAUGGUGGAGGCGUUUUCGACCACUGCGGGUUUCGUCCAUUACAAGCAGCGACUCGGCGACAGCAUCAUGGCACUGAUGGCCGAUGCCACCCUCCGCGGGCGACUAGAUUGGCCGUUGACGGUGCUGCGCCACCACCCGGGCCCCGUGCAGUGGCUCUCGGCGCUUGAAGCUCUUGCGACCGACGACCACGGCGCCGCGCGGCAACCCGUCACGAGCGUCCACUUGGCCUGCACGGCACCCACGGCGCUCUACACGCGCAUGCUUUGCGCCGAUGACGCAACGGUCGCUCUGCACGCGUUGCUCGCGCUCAAAGUGCGCGACGCGUCGCCGGCUGCCAUGCUGCACAUGGCAACGUGCAUCGGGCGCGGCCGAGUACCGAUGGCGCUCGAUACCCAGCAGUGGCGUGCCAUUCACGACCGUCGCCGCUCGGUGGCCCUGCCUCCUCUCGGCGGAAACGACCGCGAGGUCCUCGCUGCCUCGGUCCAGCAGCUUGCCUUGGACGCCGACAUGACCGUGGCGAUCGCUGCCAUGCGUGUGUGCAGCGCGUACCGGCAAGACCCAGAACGGCUGCACGUGGAAGCCGAGUCCGCGCCCGGGACCCUCCCGGUGACGUGGGCGAGCAUCUCUGACAAGCACGUCGACGACUGGGUCAAGGACACGGCACAGAACGUCGUUGCAUGCUCCAACGACACGUUGCUUGCGGCGUGCACCGACUUGGUGGCCUGCGACGUCGGUAUCGCGCGACAGUGUCUCGCCAUCGGCCUUGAAAAGGUCUUUGGCGCGAAUGCCCACGACGCCAUGUUUGCCGCCACGAUCGCCAACGUCGUCGUCGACGCGCCCGUGCUUCACGGUCAAGUGCUCCUCGAGGCGCUCCUUCGCGUGGCGGCGCCCAACCUGCCGUGGCUCCUUCUGGCUCGGCACGCGCUUCGGUGCAGCAUGCCGUUCUCGGCGCUCCACUGCAUCGAACGUGCGGCCACAGACGACGUGAAGGCGCUCCUUCUGGACGCGUACACUGCGAUUGGCGACGCCGCCAGCAACGCCAACGCGUACUGGGCGUCGACGCCGCCAUCCAAGCGCCUGCGUGACUACGACGGGGUGGUGACCGCCAUCAUUGAGCGCUCGAGCUUGGAUCUGGACGCACCGAGCACGAGCACGAGACUCGUCCACAACUGCUUUGCCGCUUUCGAGGCCGGUCAGCACACGCGUCUGGCGUCACUGGUGGCAACAGCCAAGCAGCGCAUCCUUGAAGGCGUCUCGCUCAUCAGCUUCGAGCCCACGAUCGCGACCGCCAAGGCCGUGCUGCACCUCCAAGUUCUGGCCAGGAUUGAAGACGCCAGCGCUCAUCGUCAGAUCCAUGGCGACGGGUUGGCGCUCAUCACGCGUUGGGAGGAGAACCACGUGCACGCCGAGCCGAGCGCGCUCUCGCACCUACGCAGCGUCGAGACGCGGCUCCUUUCCGUUCUUGGCAGCUCCGACCUGCGAGACGCGACUCUUUUGGACGAGCCCACGACGCGGCUUCCUAGUCAGAAACAUGAGUCGUCGGUCGUGACGACGCUCCGCGCGCUUGCCGGGAGCCUCCGGUAA